CAGAGAUAGGUUAAGUUCUUAUUUAGAGAGUGUUAAUAUUAAUCAUCAAUGGCUUAUCGAGGAAGAAAAACAAGUGAGUUUGACAAACUCCAGAAGAGAACUCUCAGAUGAAGAGUGUCAUCGAAAACUUGAGGAAGCAAAACAUGGCUUUAAACAAACAGGGUGACCAGGACAAGUCUUCAAGUUUUGGCUAUCAGGAGAGCUACACAAUCCCAGAAGGCCAUCGUGGCUUCAUCAGUGACGCCAGACUUCGGCAGAUGCAGAGAGCUGAGAGAGAGGCCAUGGAAGCAAAGCAAAGGAAGAUAAGUGCUGUCCAUGAGAAUUACGUCCGGACUGCUCUCAUCGGUGUUGGCAGCACCUUCGCGCACCACUUCAUCCCCACUAUGCAGUGCACUCUGCGCCCGAAAACUCCACCAAGGCCUUUGCCACGAAGGCUUGAACACAUAGCUCUGGCCCCACUGAAGAACGUGGUGGGGGUGGACGGAGCCCAAGUUCGACCCGGAUCUCACUCUCUGGAGUCCAUCCAGGUAAAGAAGUCAUUCAGCAGUAGUAGCGUGCAUCCUGUCCCCAACCCUUCCACUGGAGCUCCCUCCAAAAGGGGCAAGAAGAGGAAGGGCAGGCGGGGAGUCAAGGCCCUGAAAGUCCAUUCGGACCAGGGCUGUGCUGACAACAACGGACCCAUUGACCUGUUGGAGGAGGUGAGGGCCAUCGAGGCUCACCUGAAGGAGGAGGCCUGGAAGGUGGUACAUGAGUUGAAGGCCAUGGGCAGGAGAAGUUUGAGCUCGGUCAUGUCUAUGGGGGAAAUAGUCACCAGCUCUCUGGGAAGCCUGAGCUCAGUGGAUAUGAACACCCCUGCGGAGCUCCGUGACUACUUGGAUGUCGGGACCCCGGUCAAGCCGCGUGACCCCACACCCAGGCCUACUCCCCCUCCUACCAAGCCCAGGAGCCAACUGCCUCGGCCUAUAAGGUUCCUUAGACUGCCAAAGGCUGCCACCGGCUCAGUUCACAGACAGAUAGAUGUCCACUGUAAACCCAUAGACAAGAAGGCAGCCAGUGAGCCAAAGGACCAAAUAAAGACCAGCUUGCAGCCCCUGUCCAACCCAGAGCAGGCCCUGACUAAGACCUUCCAGCUGCUCCGCUCUGCCUCUGAUGACUGGGAGAAGAAGAUCGAGGGCUUUACCUCUCUCCGUGCGUUGGCUCAGAACCACAUGGACAUGCUGAUGCCUAAACUCCAUGAUAUCUGCCUUGCCAUUAUAAAUGAGGUGAAGAACCUGCGCUCUGCAGUGUCCUGUGCUGCCAUGGCCACACUGGGUGACAUGUACGUCCACCUCCAGAGGGCCAUGGACAGUGAGGUGGAGGGGACGGCACGCGUGCUGCUGCACAAAACCAGCGAGUCCAACACCUUCAUCCGGCAGGGCGCAAACUUUGCCCUGGGUCACAUGGUGCAGAGCUGCACCCCUACCCGUGUCAUGAAAGCCCUGCUGGUCGGUGGGCUGAGCCACCGUAACGCUGUGGUGAGGAGCUGCACUGCUCAGCACCUGGAGAGACUGGCUGAGGUCAUGGGGGCGGCUCAUCUCCUGUCAGGGAAGAAAGAACUCACUGACCGUUUCUUGAUUGCCGUCAGUAAACUGGCUGUGGACCCUGCACAGGAAGUCAGGCAUCAUGGUCGCAAUAUCUUGAAAAAUUUAGCCACCUAUAGUGACUUUGCUAAAAUGUGGGACAAAUUCGCUCCGAAGAAAGAGCGAGAAUCCUUGAGGGAGGUCAUCGCUAAGCUUAACCUCAAAGCAAGGAAUAUCUAAAUAAUCCCCAACUUGACUAUAUACAGUGGGGAAAAAAAGUAUUUAGUCAGCCACCAAUUGUGCAAGUUAUCC